GAGGGGUGCGCUUCAUGCAUCUGCCCUUCUGGAAGUAAACUUUAACUUGCAUGGUGAUAAAAAUCCCAGGUUCCAAAUAGAAACUUACUGAACAAAACCCCACUUUUCUUUUUCACUAUUCUCUUCUUUAUUUUCCUCGGUUUGUUUUAGUUUGCCUUCGCCAUAACCAAAAACAAAACAAACCAGAGGAAAUAUAUGACUGUACGGGAAAGAGAAGAGGGAGAAAAUAAAUUUAAUUAAAAUGUUGUUUUAAAAUAACGAAACACUUCAACCUUGAUUUCUCGGUUCCAUUUUCAUCAGAUUGAAGUGGGGUUUUUUUAAGGGAUAGGAAGAAAAUUAAAAAAACUCCCAGGAUUUUAUUUUGCGAUGUCUGCAGGGGUUUGUGGGAAACGGGUGGGGUUCGAAGAAAUCUUCGGAUCCUCGUCUCCUACGUCGGCCAAGAGAUCCAGGUGUUAUAGUUACGGAUCUCCCAUCCGAUCAGGAUCCGAGGACCCCGUUUCGGCGUUGCUUCAGAUGUUUCCUGACUUGGAUCCUGAGAUCGUAAAAUCUGUUCUCAGGGAUCAUGACAGUAAGAUUGAAGAUGCAAUGGUGAGUUUACAUGCACUUUCUUUUGGUGACUUUAGUGAAAGAGCUAGAUCACAGGGACUUGGUUUAACAACAGAUUGGAAUAGUGCUGCUGUUCCUGGUGAUAGUGGGGCUACAAGUACUCAAAUUCCAGAAGAGAAUGUUGGAAAUACAUAUGCGGGUUUUGAUGGUGAAAAUAUAAUGGAUGGGUCCAAAUGGGUGGAUUUGUUUGUGCACGAGAUGAUGAAUUCAACUGAUCUUGAUGAUGCUAGAGGACGUGCUGCCAGGAUUUUGGAGGCUUUUGAGAGUAGUAUAACUGCCAAUUCAAAGACAUUGAAGGAGCAGCAUGAGCAUGCUUCUCUAAAGGAGCAUAUGAAGAGCUUGUUGAAUGACAACCAGAUUUUAAAGAGAGCAGUUGCUAUUCAACAUGAACGCCAUUUAGAGCAACAGGAGAGGGACAAGGAAGUACAACAUUUGAAGCUAGUGAUCAGCCAGUACCAAGAACAAGUUCAGACUUUAGAGAUGAGUAAUUAUGCAUUAAAGGUCCAUCUUCAAAGAGCACAAGAAAGAAGCUCUAUUUCUGGGCAAUAUCACCCAGAUAUAUAUUAAGGUUCUUAUGCGAGUUGCCUUCAAUUUUAGUGUUUCCAAAUACCCCUCUCUCUUACUUUCCAAGAGGUAAUCGAGCAAUAUUAAGAUUUCUACACAGUUGUACUAAAUGAUCAGCUAUGUGUUUGACUUAAGCCAAUAAGCAUUUUGGCCGCAUCUUGUGUUAAACUUCCAGCUUCAAGUCA